AUGCUUGAUCCAAAAGAAAUAGAGGCUGCAGUUGUCGAACAUAUGAAAGCGUUAGAACCCAGCUAUCAUGUUUUGGCGAAAGUAGACUUAAGGCUAGCUGCGUUUAAUCAAAGUACGAAGCCAAUAAAUACCUUAGGCGCUUCAGGUGGUAAUAACGUUCAGGCGCAGGGCAGCGCAGUGCAUUGUAGAUUACCUAAAAUGAAAUUACCAGAGUUUUCAGGAGACCCACUGGCAUUGCAAGGGUUUUGGGACCAAUUCCAAGUAGCAAUUUAUAGUAACACACGUAUAAGUGACAUGGACAAAUUUAAUCACCUAAAGGAAUGUUUGAAAGGAGAAAGUUUAUCUGCUGUAUCAGGUUUAACUUUGAACUCAGAAAACUAUCAGGAAGCAAUAGAAAUUUUGAAAGGCAGAUUUGGAAAUGAACAAAUCUUAAUAUCUGCUAUGCUUUAUAAUCAUGUAGAGAGUUGUGUAAGAAAUUUGAAAUCCCUUAAACUUGACACAUCUGGUUACGGCUCAUUGCUAAUUCCAACCUUAAAAGAUAGAUUGCCUGCAGGGAUGCCGGAACCACGGGUGCAGCGGGUGCAGCGGGUCCUUUUGUCUUCACAACUUUACGGGUGCACUACGGGUGCAGAAUACGGGUGCAACGGGUGCACAAAGUGCCCUUUUUGCGUAAAAAAUUUUCAUUAAAAAUUGCAUUUUGGGGGGGGGGGGGGGGGGGGAGAUCGCCAAAAAUAAUUUUUAGAUGCCCUUUCAUUUUCAUUAGUGCCCUUUUGUUAAGGAAUAUGCCCUCUUGUUAACCAAUUGCAGCCCUUGCCCCCAGCAACUUCCGGCAUCCCUGAUUGCCUGACGAAAUUACCAUGAUUAUUUCCAGAAAAUUUGGCGAGGAGAUCUGGACACUUGAUAAAGUCAUGGAAUAUUUUAAUAGUGAGCUUCGAGCGCAAGAGAAUUGUAGUGCAUAUUGUACUACUAGUGGAUAUUAUACUACUAGUGGUUUGUUUGGUCAGACCAAUAAGGUUGCAUGCGUUUAUUGUGGCAAGGAGGGACAUUCAUCAUCCAAAUGCAGUAAUGUUUCGAAUUGCUAAUCCCGAAAGGCCAUUCUCCGUAGAAACAAGCGGUGUUUUAUAUGCUUAGAUACUGGACAUAUGGCCAAAAAUUGUAAGUCCCAUUACUUAUGCAGGAAGUGUAAGACUGGCAAGCACCAUCAGAUAUCCAUAUGCGAAAAUACACCAGCAGAUCCCCCAGGUAUAAAUCGGGAGGAAGAUAAGAACGCAACAACUAAUGAUAACAAAGGUUUUGUGGUACAUGCUAACUGUAAUAAAAGCGGUAUACUAUUGCAGACAGCUAGAGAGGAUAUAUUACCUACAGAUGACAGUGUGCAAGUCCAGACUAGAAUUUUAUUUGACAGCGAUAGUCAGAGGUCGUAUAUAUCUGACAAGGUUAGAAGUACACUGAAAUUGAAGGCAAUUAGAGUGGAGAAAGUUGUAAUCAAAACCUUUGGGCAGGCUGAGAACAGUGAGGUACAGAAACUUGAUGUAGUUCAACUUAAGGUUAGAAAUAAAAGUGAUGCUAGAUUUACAUUUGUAGAAGCCCUAUGUGUCCCAACCAUAUGUAAUCCGCUGACACAUCAGUCACUGUCAAGUGUGCAUGAAUUAUCGGAAUUUGCAGGGUUGGAAUUUGCUGACUUUGAGCACAAGCAACACCAAAAUCUUCCGGUCGGCAUUUUGAUUGGCAUCGAUUUUUACCAUGUCUUUAUAAGAUUAUAA